AUAUCGCAAGCACGAGUUCAUUCAUAACAUUCAGAGCACAUUUUCUCCCGGAUAUAUGCAAAUUACAGGAUGAGCUGAGUGUAUUUUAAAGCUAUGGGCGGCCCCUCCCUCAACUGUUGAAAAUGCUCGAUCCAAUCGCAGUCCUAUGGCUUGUAGCAGUUGCAGCACUAUGGGGAUUUUCGAUACCUCUCAUACGCAGAGGAAGCAAAGGAGUCGAAAAUAUAAAACGCCCCAACGCCAUCGAACAGUGGCUUGCGGAAGUCAAGUUCCUAGCUGCAAAACCUAAAUACGUUCUGCCGUUCCUCAUAAAUCAGAGCGGAUCGGCAAUAUAUGCCUUGGCCUUGGGCUCGACAGACCUGUCGUUAGCUGUGCCUCUGACCAACUCGCUGACAUUUGUGUUUGUCACCCUGGCGGGACGUCUGCUUGGAGAGUCUGUUGGCAACACUUAUACAUACAUGGGGAUGUCCCUUGUUGCGACUGGUGUCACUCUCUGCGUUGCAGACAGGGCAUGGAAUGCCACUUGAAGAUCUCCAGUUACAGCAGGCAUUCACAGUUUUUGUAUAGUGUGCAAGUUUUGAAGUAAACGCAUAAAUUAUUGAUGCCCAUCCUAUCUCGCCAAAGCACGAAAUUAAAUGUAAAGCAAGAGUAUUAUGGCACCAAUAAAUGCGUACUAUAUGA